AUGGAGUGGCUUGUCCAAGGAGGUUUGGGGUUGAAAGCGAUUUCUGUGGUGGGAACGGGGGGCUUAGGCAAAACAACUCUUGUUAAAAAAGUCUACGAUGCUGCAGCCGUGAAGAAGCAUUUUAACAGCCAUGCUUGGCUCACUGUUUUGGAGUCAUUCGGGGUUGAGGAUCUUCUGAAGGACAUGUGUGAUAUCCCUCAAAUGAGGUACGUGGUUGUUUUCGAUGAUGUUUGGAAUGUCAAUGCUUGGGAGGCUAUCAAACAUGUGCUGUCUGACUACAAUUGUGGUAGCCGUGUCAUUCUCACUACUCGUUUCGCCCAUAUAGCUUCUACCUGUUGCGAAGAAACUGAUGGUCAUGUUUAUACCUUGAUACUGUUGUCCCAAGAGGAGUCUUGGACGCUGUUUUGCAACAAGACUUUUCGGGGGAACUUAUGCCCUCCAAACUUGAAGCAAAUUUCUCAUCGAAUCUUAAAAAGAUGCGAGGGAUUGCCACUUGCAAUUGUAGCGAUAAGUGGUCUUUUGGAUACAAAGGACAAAAGCAGAAUGGAUGAAUGA